CAUUUGGAAAUAUUCAUAGAUUAUCGUCAUAUUUAAAAUACUCAAAUAGUCAACCUGAAAAAGAUGAAUUAAAAAUAAAAUGCAUCAAUUUUUCGAAGUGCUUUGGAAGUUAAGUACUUGCAUGUGAGUUUUACUAUAACAUCUAGAAUAUUAAAAAUAUUCUGUUCCAAAUAUCGCAGGAGGGUUCGACGUAUCAUGAGAAAACUCCUGGAAAGUACACCAAGAAUAAAUACAAGGAUGAUAUAUCAAGCAAUGGAAGAAAAAUUCUCAAAGACGCUUAAAAAAGUUCGAAAAGGCAACGAAUGUUCUCCUGAAAAGUGAAACACUAGCUUACCAACAAAAAAGAGAAAUAUCAGGUACAAAUAAAUAAAAGUUUCCACGCAAAAGAAGAAGGAGAAAAAAAAAACCCAGAGUUUUCUUUUGAAAACUUCCAUUGCCAGAAUCCCAUCACAAGCUUUAUGCACGCCUUCUGCUUGGCUUUUUUCGAACGUGAGACUUGAACAAAUAAUGUUUUCUAUCUCUUGUGAUUCAGAUCUUCUUUGAGUCAACUCUACUAUGUCAAACAAGUGACUUGAAUUCAAAGCAUUGGUUUCGUUUUUUAAAAGUUCGGAUCUCACUCCAUCUACUCUUAAACUAUCUCUACUGGCAAUUCAAUGUCUUUAUCUAGAAAAAUGAAAGCUGUGGAGACUAUUCUGGUGCUAUCUUUUCUGUGGAUAGGAUGGGCUCAUUCUCAUGACAUGCUGCUCAGAGGGCCUAAAUUCACCUUAGAGCCACCACCGAAGGUUCAGUUUUCGAAUUCAAGUGGAACUGCCAUUCCUUGUGCAGCCGAAGGUCGCCCCACACCAGUCAUCACUUGGAUGAAAAAUGAAGGACAAGUGAUACAGGACAUCUUAGGUCUUCGUCAUGUGCGGCAUGAUGGAUCACUAGUAUUUUCUCCCUUUUCUCCUGAUGAAUACAGGGCUGACAUACAUGCAGCGACUUAUCGGUGUAUUGCCACUAAUAGUGUUGGUGCUAUUGCCAGUCGAGAUGUCAAUGUAAGAGCAAUUGUCAACCAGAAAUACGAAAUACACCUCUUUGAUGAAUUUGUUCUACGAGGCAAUAUGGCUGUCCUACGAUGUCCCGUGCCCAGUUUCGUGAGCGAUUAUGUCAGAGUGACAUCUUGGGAAAGAGUUGAUGGAUUUUUAAUUACACCCGGAAUCAUCAGCGGAAAAUAUGGAAUGUUGGAAAAUGGAGAUUUAUAUUUCAGAGAUGUAUCGGAGAGGGACUCAAGUUUCAGCUUCCGCUGUCAUACAGAAAAUCUUAUUACGAGGGAAAAGAAAAUAAGCACAAAUUACUCCAAAAUUGUCGUAACAGAACCUCAUCACAAUCAACCUCCACGCAUCAUCCGCCGUUCUACGCGUGUCAAAGCUACCAUUGGACAUCGUGCAACAUUGACAUGUAUUGCUCAAGGUUAUCCGGUUCCAAUUUACAGGUGGCAUCGAUCGACAGGUGGUCAAAGAAUUUUGUCUGAUCUCGAUUCAUCAGUCAGACAAGAAGGAGGUGUUCUUGUUUUUAAUAAAGUCAGUCGCAAUGAUGCUGGUAGAUAUUCUUGCCAUGUUAGUAAUACAGUGGGAGAAGACCGGGCUGAUAUGGAACUCCUUGUGGAAGAACCUCUGCGAGUGAAUCUAUCUCCCCAGGAGCUGAAACUGGACGUGGGUAAAAGUGCCCUCUUCAACUGUUCUGUGGAGGGUCAUCCAAUCGGCAGCGUUGUGUGGAAAAAAGACACGAGAUUUAUCGCCUCCAAUUCCCGUGUCCAAUUCCCGACCCCCACCUCGCUCCAACUGCGACAACUGAAGAGGCAGGACUCCGGGAUGUACCAGUGUUUCGUCCAUAGGGAUUCUCUUUCUUCCCAAGCGGCUGCAAGGCUCAUUAUUGGAGAUUUAGCUGCUCAGUUUAAGUUAGCUUUCCCUGAGAAAACCGUGAGGCCAGGAAGCUUCGUAUCACUAAUAUGUAUCGCUAAUGGCAAUCCUGCCCCUCAAGUGAAAUGGACUUUAGAUGGCAUCUGGACGCUGUCCACUCGACCAGGUGUCUUGGUGAGUACCUAUCUGAGUGGUAGUGGGGACGUCAUCAGCUACGUGAACAUUACAUCAGCGGAUGUGACGGACAGUGGUGUCUACUCUUGUACAGCGUUUAAUGAAGCUGGGAAAGCGGUUCACUCCAGAAGAUUGAAUGUAUUUGGUUCUCUGUUUAUUCGACCGCUAAAUAACUUGACUGCCUUGGCGGGAGGAGUAUUUAAAGUACUUUGCCCCUUUGGUGGAUAUCCGUUUGACAGCAUCAUCUGGAAAAGAGAUGGGCGAAUUCUUCCAGCAAACCAGAGGCAACAUGUGUUUCAAAAUGGUACUUUGCUCAUAACCGAUGUGCAGCCAGGUAUAGAUGACGGACAUUACAGUUGUGAGGUGAGAUCACAACAAGGCCCUCCUGUGUCAAGAACAUUCAGAAUUUCAAUAAGAACUGGCCCUAAGAUUGCGAGUUUUAGCUUCAGAGAUAACCUACAUGAAGGGAUGAGAACUGCAGUGACAUGCAUCGUCACUGCUGGUGAUGGACCAUUGACAACCUCUUGGCUUAAGAACGGUCAUCCUCUUGAAGAAGACCCAGACACCAUGAUUGUUUAUGCAGAUGAAGGAUUUGUUUCCACUCUCACUUUGAAGAAUUUGGCCUAUAGACACAAUGGAAACUACACAUGCAUAGCAAGAAAUGAUGUUGCUGCUGGUUCUCAUAGUGCAAUGUUAACAGUAAAAGUUCCACCUAGGUGGAUUAUCGAACCCAGUGACACAUCUGCUGUAUCAGGACGUCCAGCAAAAAUUGAUUGCCAAGCAGAUGGUGUUCCUUUACCUCACGUCAGGUGGAAAGUAUCAACAGGUGAUCCACCGGAGAAAUUCAAGACCAUUGUAAGCAGUUCUCACGUUCAUAUCCUUGUUAACGGCUCGCUGAAUUUCCAAAGCAUUGAAACAAGUGACUCAGGUUUCUACCUUUGUGAAGCCAACAAUGGAGUCGGAGCAGGACUAAGCACUGUAGUUCGUUUAUCUGUGCACAGUGCACCUCAGUUCCAUUCUAAAUACACAAUGAUGACAGCUCGGAGGGGAGAAAGAGCCACUAUGGAAUGCCGGGCCCUGGGCGACAAGCCGAUGUCUUUUUCAUGGAAGAAAAAUGGAGUUGCUUUAGACCCUGUGGCAGAAGUACGAUAUUCGCAGCUUUCUGAAGACACUCCUUUAGGGGGCCAAUCAAGUCUUAUCAUAGAGAAAGUUGAGAAAAAGGAUUCAGCUUUAUUCACAUGUUUCGCCGUUAAUGAUUAUGGGGAGGAUUCGAAGAACCUACAGCUUACAAUACAAGAUAUUCCAGAUGCUCCUCAAAGUACCGAAGUCCACGAUGUGUCCAGUAGAAGUGUACGACUUUCCUGGAGCAAACCAUUUGAUGGAAAUUUACCAAUUACACAAUAUACUGUAAUGUGGAGACAAAUUGGAGGCCAGAGCACUGGAGGCCCCCUGACAGUUCCUGGUUCCGAGACAACGCUUGUAAUUCGCGGAUUAAAGCCCAAGACUCGUUAUUUUUUUCGAGUAAAAUGCGAAAACUCCCUUGGGGAGAGCCAGUUUGGAGCAGAAGUUGCUGUCACAACACUGGAAGAACCACCUAGAAGAGCUCCUCAUGGUAUUCGAGCCACUCCAUUAUCUUCCCGUUCUAUAAACGUUACGUGGCAGCUUUCCCGGGAUGAAGAACCAGAUAGUAUUGAUGGCUACUAUGUGGGAUACAAAGCUCACAGUAAAACUGAACCGUACAAUUUCAAGGCGACAAAUUCAUCACAGAUGGGAAGUCAAUUUGUGGAAAUCACUGGAUUGUUGCCACUCACCGAUUACAGUAUCAUAGUUCAAGCGUUCAAUGGAAGAGGGGCUGGUCCGCCUUCAGAACCUGUGAUUGUAAAAACUUUAGAAUUUGAUCGACCUCCUCCGCCAGUCAUAAAAACAUAUUAUGCGACAUCCAAAACCAUAAAACUGUCCUGGGAUCCACCAAGUGCUCCUAACGCUCCAGUUUCAGGUUACAUCCUGCAUCAUCGAAUGGAGGAAAGGGAUUGGCACGAGGUUCAUCUUACUGGGGACCGUACUUCUUACACUCUUCACGAACUCCAGUGCGGAACAUCGUAUUCUUUUUAUUUGGUUGCUUUUAACAGUGCUGGGCAUGGAAAUGCCAGUGAAAUAAUUUCUGCUAAAACCGAAGGGACAGCUCCUAUAACCCCUGAUAAAGACCGAUUGCUCACAGUGAAUUCUACAAGCGUAUGCAUUAAUUUAAAUAGCUGGCAUAAUGGUGGAUGUCCCAUAACAUUUUUCGUCAUUCAAUACAGAUUAAGCGGAACCCAGGAAUGGACGCUUGUCAGUAAUAACAUUAUUCCUGAACAGCAAAACAUAACUAUUACUGACUUGAGUCCUGGAUCAUGGUACAACUUACUGAUGACUGCUAGAAAUGAUGCUGGAACAACUGAUUCGGAAUAUGUUUUCGCAACUUUAACAUUAAGUGGAGAGUACCCACCUCGUCCUUCGGAGGUGAGUGAUAUUAACAGUGCAUUCUACCGGCAUUUGACAAUCACCGUUCCAGUCGUCAGUUCUGCUAUUGUGCUUAUUGUAGUACUUUGUGCUGUUUGCUUUAUAACUCGAAGGAGAACUACAGACAGAACUCAGAGAACUCCAGAUGGCGGAGACGGCAACGAGCCAAUCAAGCCCGAAAAUGUGCCCCUGUCCGUGACAUACGACAGCACUCAAGAACCCGCUUAUUAUCCGGCUCCUUAUGCCAGCAGCCGUGUACCUAGUUAUAGUGAGCAUUGCAUUCAAAACACGAACGUCAGUCAGAAAAAUAUGGGCACAUUCGGAAGCUCAAGGGGUGGAUACACUUACGACAUUCCCUAUCCGCCUCGACGGUCGGAGAAAGGCGAAGGCAAAUACGAGGAACCGGCCAUUUAUUUCCCUGCAUAUCAUCACACAGGCGUCGAGCUACGGUCUCACAGGGAUAGAGUUAUUUACAGUGUCUCCGAAAGGAGUAGGAGAAAACACGAUAAAAAAAGGUCGUGGAGAGAUUCUGGAGAAGGGAAUUCUAGUACAGAGUCUGAUAAUGACGAUAUCAUGUACGCUGUCCAUUCUUCAGAUGACAGGAUAUUUAGAGAUGAAGCUAGAGAAUCUGAAACAGAAUGUGAUAGAUUAUGGAAAACAUAUGAAAGCUGUCAAUAUGAGGAUACAAAGCGAUGGAAGGCUGAACAUUCUGUUUUAACCUAGAAAAUAUAUGUGAAAGAGAAGUGUGCCAAUGAAAUUCAUCGCUUAAGGAAAGAAAAGAAAUGCAUUUUUACUGUUUUUAUUUACUUACAUUUUAAAGUCUGAAAAGUGAAAGUGUCUGUAAAAAAGAAUUGUCUUAGAAAGAAAGAAAGGAGAAAACUGAAAACUUUCCUUCAAGAAUCAGUUGACUGAUAAUGCAAAUGUGAUUAUUUCAAGAAAAACCUUUGAUGAAUGAUGCUUAAGCUAUGAAAAUGUGAUAUGUAAAUGAGUUUAUCGGAGUACGUUUAAUG